GAUGCUGAUUGCUUUUCCUAUCCAUUUUUGCUCAAAGACGCACCUCACAUCAGCAGGAGUCAUUGUUUGUGACUGGGUGUUGCUGCUGACAUGUUGGGACUGGCUUUGUUUUAUUUUGGAUUUAGACUCCACAAAGGAGCAAUCAAGACUUUUUGAUAUUUUACAGGUGCUUUAAGUUCUCGCUUCCAGCGGUUUGAUGUCUGACAUCCUCGGGCCGGAUGUUUCAAAUCUUCACGAAUCUCUAUCAAAAUAGCUCUGCCUUGUUUUCUCCCUAACUCAGAAGCAGCUUUUUGCCUAAAGUAGAUGUAGCAGGCAAAACCGGACCAAAGAGACGAAGGAUUUUUAACAGUUUGCACCACUUGAUUCCAGAUAACAAUGUUUGCCAGCCGUGGUGGUACCGGAGGAGGAGGUAAAGGGGGGAAAUACUCAGUGGAAGACCUCUAUGGCAUCAGUAAGAAGCCCAAGGCAUCGUCCUCCUCAGGGAGCAUUGUGGCCAAAUCUGGAGCCCGGAGCAGCAAGACCUCGGACCAGAGGACCGAGUCAGAGGCCCUGGCUUCUCAGAUCCUGGAGGCGGCGCACAGGCUGGUGGAGCGACGCCGACUGGAGCUCUACCUGAGAGAAUGUGGCCUCUCCCUGGCUGAGUGUGAAGCUGAGCGCUCUGCAAUGACAUACAGGAACCUGGGGAAAUCAGGCCUACGUGUUUCCUGCCUCGGCUUAGGCACCUGGGUGACAUUUGGAUCACAGAUCUCUGAUGAGAUGGCAGAAAACUUGAUGGCCAUAGCUUAUGAGAACGGAGUGAACCUGUUUGACACAGCAGAGGUGUACGCCUCUGGAAGGGCGGAAAUCACUCUAGGGAACAUCAUCAAGAAGAAAGGAUGGAGGCGUUCAAGUUUUGUCAUCACAACGAAAAUCUACUGGGGAGGCCAAGCGGAGACAGAGCGAGGACUCUCCAGAAAGCACAUUAUUGAAGGUUUAAGAGGAUCCUUAUCAAGACUCCAGCUAGAUUAUGUGGACAUCGUUUUUGCCAACAGAAACGAUGUUAACAGCCCGAUGGAAGAGAUUGUACGGGCCAUGACGUUUGUAAUAAACCAGGGCAUGGCCAUGUACUGGGGAACAUCACGCUGGAGUGCCAUGGAAAUCAUGGAGGCGUACUCAGUGGCACGCCAGUUCAACCUGAUCCCGCCUGUGUGUGAGCAGGCAGAGUAUCACUAUUUCCAGAGGGAUAAAGUGGAGGUGCAGCUUCCUGAGCUCUACCACAAGAUCGGCGUUGGAGCAAUGACCUGGUCUCCACUUGCUUGUGGAUUAAUCACAGGGAAGUACAGUGAUGGUGUACCAGAGUGCUCCAGAGCAGCAAUGAAGGGAUACCAGUGGCUAAAAGAGCGAGUGAACAGCGAGGAGGGCCGCAGGCAGCUCGCUAAAAUCAAGGAGCUCCAUCUACUGGCAGACAGACUGGGCUGCACUGCUGCACAGUUAGCCAUAGCCUGGUGUCUGCGCAGUGAGGGAGUCAGCUCAGUACUUCUGGGUGUUUCUAAUACAGACCAGCUACUUGAGAACCUGGGUGCCCUACGGAUUUUAUCCCAAAUGACCCCUCAAACCAUUACCGAGAUUGAUGCCCUGCUGGGAAACAAGCCACACUCCAAGAAAGAGCUGCGCGCCUGAAGAUGCAAAUCUGAGUGACAGAUGAUGUUUCGAGAAGACGAAGAAGACAAUGACAUUGGGAAACAUCGCUUUUUGCUCUGCUGUAUACUCAACAACUUGCAUGUCCUUGGCAACAUUAUGCUUCCAGUAUGUGCGCAUAUCCAUUUUGCGCAAUACAUUGUAUCAUGUAUGAAAAAAAAAGAAGAUCUCUCAAUCGUGAAAAAAAAAAAAACAGGUCAUAUAUUGCUCACUGCCGAUUGUUCACAGACUAAUUAUUUCCACAGAGGGGGAGGAUGGUUGGAGCAACAGGUCUCUGCCAUCCAAAGAGACCGAGAGAUGUGAAAAGAUAUUCAACUAUUGUCAAAGCAGAUUUGACUCUUGUUAAUCAGAUGUUCUAAAGCGGGGAAAAAAAACACACACCUCUGUGCUAAAAUGCAACUUUAAAGUGUGAAUGGUGCUUUCAUUGGACAUCAGAGUCUCCUCCCCUCGCAGCUGCCUGUUAUUCUGUAUGAUGUUUAGUACCCAGCAGUCAGAGAGCCAAAGGUUAGUACUCAUGUGUCUAGCCUAACAUUCCCCAUAAUGUGCAUGUGACUGGUCUGCCACGCUCACUGCUUUACAGGGUUGGGAACAAAGGAUUACUUGUUAAGUCAUUACAGUGAAAAAAAAAAGCCUAAUCCAGUCUGGUAUAACUUGAAAAAAACAGCAGAGCACAUGCUUUUAAAAAAUAGGCAAAUUGAUGUAUUACUUUGAAAGUAAAUAUUGUGAAUAUUUUUAAAUAUAUUGAAGUUGUAACUGAUUUGAGCACAAACUACUUGAUCUAAAUUAAAAUGAAUGAAAUGAACUGCAACAUUUUGAAUUCGGCUUUUGAAUUAGAGUGGAUUAUAUCUCAUUAUUACAAUCUGAUAUUGGCAAUCAGGAAUCAGUAGUGGGUAAGAUUUUGAAAGUAACUUUCCCAACCCUGCUGCUUUCUCAGCAGUCUUUUUGCCUCUUCUGUUUGUAAACUGUGCGCAUGUCCCUUUAAGAGAGAAUAGCCCUAUCGGGGUGUAAAUGUGGCAUGGCUUUUAUGGCUUAUGUAGAUUUGCAGUGCCCUUGUAAGCCAUUUUUUUACUCUAAAUGGUCUGGCAGUCUGAUCCAGGAUCCGUGCUGGCGGGCAUUCUUGCUUUAGACAGACUCUCUGCAGUCUGCAGACACGGCUGUGUGUCCAUCCGACAUAUAAUCUUUGUAUUGUCCUAAACUGUAUCAAAAGAUGUUGACAGCACUCUCUCUCGACGAUGCCGUUCUUGUGAAGAGCAUCAUUGUUUCUAGAUCAGAGGUCUGAGACAGUCGGACUAUGUGGAAAGGUCACUGAGCAUCUGACACAAGGAUUUGGACACACUGUGGUGAACUAGUAGUUUUCAAAUGAUAGGACAUAAAUGAUUAGUCUGAGUUUAUCAAAUGUGAUAUGACUCUUGCCACAGGUCACUUGGGGUAAGAUUUAGCAAAUGUAACUUCUUUUUUUUUUGUGGAAGCCUAAAAAUAUAGCUUCUCUGCUCAUUUCUCUGGGAGUUCUCUCUCUCUGUAUCGUCUUUUCCCUCGAUUCUUGCACUCAUGCACAACUGGUUUUAUACUGUGCAUUUUAUGUCUUUUCCCUUUAGUUUUGUAUUGAUUUCAAUACUUUGUAAUGUGAAGGGGGAAUUUGUUCCUUUUGUGAUUUUCCCAUGAAAGCAGCACCAGUCUCCAGAGAGGGGGUGUGUUUUGAUACAUGAAGUUGUUUCAGUUGCUACAAGGUUACAUUGUUCUGUAAAUAGGCUUAUCUGUCUGGCAGUGAGAUAACGAGAUAAAUAUAUCAAUCAUGAAAGAAUCCCUGAUGGAGCAGCCGAUACGUUGCUCCCCUCUGUGACUCUGUGAUGAUGUACAGUUCGACCGAGUGUAGCUUCCAGUGUACAUAGACACUUCAGUCAAACCUUGAAAAUGUAACUUUGCCUGCAUAACUUAUAUUUUACUGUCUUGCAACAAAGAGAAACCAAAAGAGAGAAGAGACAACUCAUA